AGUAGAAUAUUGGAAACAGAAUCAUCUAGAGGUGUAAUUAAUCUGAUGCACAAAUAAGAAUAUCUAAAAUCUGUAAGUAUCUGUCUCUAUGAGGGCUUUUCAGGGGGUCAGGGGGGACAGUAAAUAUGUUCAUUGCACUUAAAAGUAAACCAAAGUCAAUGAUUUAAGGAGUGUACUUUGUUGGUUUGAGGCUCUGCUGCUUUAGAGUCAGCCAGUAAUAUGAGAGCAGAUAGGACCCUGUCAGUGGCACCAGGAAUGUUUACCCAAACACAGAUGACUGUCAGAGGAUCCUGAGGUUCAUGCUGUUAUCUUCCAAGGGCCAUUUUUACCUUCAGUAGUCACUAAUAGACCAGGAGGACAUUAUAAUGGUCGUAUAUUUUAUGUACGGGUUGCUGUUUGCAUGCUUUGCUGUGCCUGGAAUGUUACUUGGGGAAUUAGCUUUCCGAUGUCCAAGCUGCACAGCGGAGCAUUUGGCUGCAUGUCCCAAAGUCACUUCAGUAUGUACAGAGAUAGUGAGGGAGCCGGGCUGUGGCUGCUGUCCAGUGUGUGCCAGGAUGGAGGGGGAGCUCUGCGGCGUCUACACACCGAGGUGCUCCAGCGGCCUCAGGUGCUACCCCAACAUGGAUGCGGAAUUUCCUUUGCAGCAGCUCAUCCAGGGUUUGGGGCGAUGUGGACAAAAAGUGGACAUGGAUGUCACAACUGGUGCAGACCAACAGGCAACAAAUGAGGUGCAUGGGACCGAAAAUCCACUCACCAAGAGACCUGCCAUAGAUGUUUGGUUAAUUCAAAACUGCGCCAUUAGAAACCACCACAAUGAGCGCAAAGCCAAGAUGAAGACGAAUCAACUGGAGGACCAACGAACCCAGAAAGUACCUCAGAAUGAUGGACGACAACAGCAGAGGACAAAGAUGGGUUCCACUUCUGUUCGUCAAGACCAGAGCGCCUGUCAGCAGGAGCUGGACAAAGUCUUAGAGGAGAUCUCCAAAAUGACUUCAGAGGAUAACAGAGGCCCGCUGGAGAAUCUGUAUGGGCUCAAAUUUCCAAACUGUGACAAACAUGGACUGUACAACGUCAAACAGUGCAACAUGUCCACCCACGGCCAGCGGGGCGAGUGUUGGUGUGUCAACCCCUUAACAGGGGUCCAGAUCCCAGCAACGCCUAAAGUCAGAGGGGAUCCCAACUGCAACCAGUUUCAUGAGGAGCUCAGAGCCAUGCCCACUGCAGCGGCGUCUCGCUAACACCUCUGCAACCAUCACAACAGGGUUUCUUUGAAUUUCAGAUUACUGGAGGAUUUUUCCAUUAAAUGGUCUAUUCUAUCCAAAUGUAAACAAGUCGCUCUAUUUGAAGGCUUUGUCUGUGUUUUAAUUGACACUAGGUUUAAGGUAAAGGAGAAAGUAUACUAAGUAACAAUAAAGAUGCCAAUAUACUGACUUUUUGUAAGCAAAUUCUAUGAAAGAACCAAAAACAACUAUGCGUUAGUAUCUACUGCUCCAUCUGUAAGACUCAGAACCUAACCUAUAUACUCUGAAUAAAUAUGUACACUACCGUUCAAAAGUUUUGGGUCAUUUAGAAAUGUCCUUAUUCUUCAAAGAAAAUGUUUUUUUUUUCAAUGAAGAUAACAUUAAAUGAAUCAGAAAUGCAAUCUAGACAUUGUUAAUGUGGUAAAUGACUAUUCCAGCUGGAAACGGCUGAUUUUUAAUGGAAUAUCUACAUAUAGGUGUAGAUGCUCAUUUCCAGCAACCAUCACUCCUGUGUUUGAAUGGUAUAUAGUGUUAGCUAAUGAUGUUGAAAGGCUAAUUGAUGAUUAGAAAACCCUUGUGCAAUUAUGUUAGCACAUGAAUAAAAGUGUGAGUUUUCAUGGAAAACAUGAAAUUAUCUGAGUGACCCCAAACUUUUGAAUGGUAGUAUAGAUUUUUUAAAUGGAUGCACAAAUAUAUAGUUUUAUUUCUUUGAAAAAGUAAAGUAAUGAGACAGUUGGGCAUUAUAGUUUUGAGUAAACUGUAAUCUGACUAUGGUAGUGAAUUAUUUUCAGAUUAUUACACAUUGUGCAACAGCCUAGUUCAUGUAGUUAAUGUAUACAUCUUUAAUUGAUAUCUCAUACAGUACAGAAUUCUUUACAGAUUGCAGUGGCAAGAUUUGUCAGUAGAAUUGACUCGUUGUGCUGUUAAAGUUGUAUUAAUAGAUUUUUUUUGCCACUUGGGGGCAGUAGCACAAAAUGUAAACAAACAUAUUAUUGACAUGUUACUACAUUAUGCCAAACAGUCAUCCAUCGAAGCAACAACACAGCCACACUGGCUUUAAUUUAGGGAUGUGCUGGAGUCCUUCAAAAAACUCCAAGUCCAGUAUUCACCUUCUUGAACUAUCUUUUCAUCUUGACCAACUCCUAGGAAAAAUAUUGGGGACUCUUUAGCUGAUGGAUAUAUCACCAUUUCCAUCAGCUAGUCUGUCAUUUGAUGCUGUUCAGCUCUUGUACAGAGGGUUUAUCAGAACUAUUUGUCCAAAAAAACUGCUAUGGUUAGAAGUUCAUAAGAACUGUAAAAACCAAUGGCUAGAAGACCAAAACAUUGAGCUAAAAGACGCAAAAAUGCUCCAUAGAGCUGAAGGGAACUGCAGAGUUGAGUAAUCAUCUUCUGUUGCUUUUCACUUUGAACAACCACUUUCACUUUACACAUAUUAAUUUUUUCGUCUGAUCAACUUUAAGGCUAAAAUUCCUUUUUAUCUCUUUUAUCUACAUUUAUAUGCCUAAUGAGGGACGUAAUGAGUUGUAAUUUUGUUUUUCUGUUUAGGGUGACAAUAUGAUAUUUGUCUUGGUGCUACCGAUGACAAACAGCCCUUGGCUUAGUCUGCAUUUAUGUUUAUUAAAUAUACACAGUCACUAUUACACAAACUAAGAAAUAAAGACAUUGUAUGUGCUUUUUGAAAGUGCAUUAAUUUGAGAAGGUUGAUGACAAUAAACACUUGAAUGCUCAAACUCACAAAA